UCUAAUGCGUUUUGUUGUGAUUUUACAUUUUCAGUUAUAUUUUUUCUCACAUCUGAGAAAAAUUGACUUGCAGCGUUUUGCAUCUACAUAGCAACGUGAAAACUGUCACUGUGGAUUGUUUUUGGGGUGGAGGGUGGAUGCGCGUAAUUUUAGGUUGGAUGUGUUCCUCUAAACUCCUUUCAUUCUUAUUGUCUCCAUUUGUUGUCCAGCGCUGUUACGACAAUCAGCUAAAAUAAGACAACAGCGUUUUCUGAGUGUGUGUGUGUGUGUGUGUGUCCGUAAUGAGGCUGCACGUGCUGACAGGUGUGUGUUGGCUUUCACAGCUGGAACGGCGUUUUUGUGUUUUCCCUGCAGCUCCGGUCAUGGCGGACCAAGAGGAGACUUUUGGUCUUCAAAACUCUCCCGGUGGCUCGGAUUCGAGGGAAUUACCCAGCGACAAUAAAUCAGACAAACAGAAUGGGACCUCGAACAAAUCCCCUUCGUCACAGACAACUUACAUCCAGCAGGGAAUGGAGGGAAUAAAAGUCUAUCUACACGAGAGGGAACUCUGGAUGAAGUUUCACGAAGUGGGCACGGAGAUGAUCAUAACCAAAGCUGGAAGACGAAUGUUUCCCAGCUUCAAAGUGAAAGUGACGGGAUUGAACCCCAAAACCAAAUAUAUUCUGCUGAUGGACGUCGUGCCUGCGGACGACCAUCGGUACAAAUUCGCCGAUAAUAAAUGGUCUGUGACCGGUAAGGCCGAACCUGCCAUGCCGGGGAGGCUAUACGUGCACCCGGACUCUCCUGCGACUGGUGCACACUGGAUGAGGCAGCUGGUUUCCUUUCAGAAGCUCAAACUCACAAACAACCACCUGGACCCAUUCGGACACAUCAUCCUAAAUUCCAUGCACAAGUAUCAACCGAGGAUCCACAUCGUGAAGGCGGACGAGAAUAACGGCUUUGGCUCAAAGAACACGGCCUUCUGCACGCACGUCUUCCCCGAGACCAGUUUCAUUGCGGUCACGUCCUACCAGAACCACAAGAUCACCCAGCUGAAGAUUGAAAACAACCCUUUUGCAAAAGGUUUCCGUGGGAGUGACGACAUGGAGCUGCACCGGAUGUCCAGAAUGCAAAGCACCAAGGAGUAUCCUGUAGUACCUCGCAGCACAGUGCGCCAAAGAGUGGGCUCCAGCCAGAGUCCGUUUAGCGGGGAGGCUCAGGGCAUGUCCACCUCGAGCACCCUGAACACUCAGUAUUCCCAGUGUGAGAACGGGGUCACGAGCACCUCACAGGACCUGCUGCCUCAGUCGGGGUCCUACCCGCUUCCGCAUGAACACGGCCAGGAGUACCACUGCAUCAAGAGGAAAGUGGAAGACGACUGUCACUCAGGCGAGCAUGGAUAUAAGAAAGCCUAUCUGGAGAGCUCAUCCAGUGAGGAAGACCAUUACUACCGUCCUGUUGGCUACGCCCAGAGCCUAGGCCUAGCUGGUGGGCACUACCGCAGUGAAUCCAGCCAGCGGCAGGCCUGUAUGUACGCCAGCGCGUCGCAGGGAGCUGAGCCUGUGCCCAGUUUGGAGGACAUCAGUUGUAACACUUGGGCCAGCGUCUCGCCCUACGGGAGUUGCUCUGUCACCACCAUGCAGCCAAUGGAGCGGCUGCCUUACCAGCACUUCUCUGCUCACUUCACCUCUGGACCCCUGGUGUCCAGACUGGGCGGGGUGGCAGGACACGCCUCUCCACAGCUGAGUGAUCACCACCACGCCACCAUGUACCAGAGCUCCAUGACCCAUCAGACUCUGGGCCGGCAGUGCAGUCCUGCCGCUGGCAUCCAGUCACCAGCAGCAGGCUUGCAGGGAAACGAGUACCUCUACACGCACGGCAUUCCGCGCACGCUAUCGCCGCACCAGUACCACACGGUACAUAGUGUCAGCAUCAUGCCAGAGUGGAAUGAAAGCUAAAGCUUUUUCAGACAACAGAUAAACUAUUAAAAAAGGACCAAAACAAGACUUUCAAUGAGUCCAUAUUUAUAUUUUUACAGGACACAUUACUGAUCGUGCAAAUGGCAUUGAUGCUUGUUUGCUGAGAGCAUUGGAUUUUCACAGGAUGUAGAAAAACAAGCAUCUUGCUAUUUAAUAUUUUACAACAGCAUCUGCACUUACGAACAAAUAGCACGAGAGAGACGCUGGUGAUGAGGAGCAUGCAUAAAAACGACUCCAGUGCAGACACAAUGAUGACAGUGGAAGGAGCAAAAAGUGUUCUUAUGUGGUGUGCUGGCUGGACCUCGAGUGAAAAUGACUUUUCUACACAUCCCAAAUUCUUUUAAAAUUGGGCACUGACUGAUCUUCUGCCUCAUUUGCCUUAAGUUCUCUCUCUCUCUCUCUUUAUCCCUGCCUCUCAUAGAUUUUAGUUAAAAAUAUACUUUGUAGCAAAAGUGUUGUAAGUUAUGGAAUGUGAAAGUAGACGGGAGUAUCUUUGAUAAAUAUACUUGCUCUUUAAACUGCCAAGAGUGUCAUUUUGUUGCUACUGCUGUGUAAUUCAAUUCUAUUUAUUUAUACAGCUCCAAAUCACAACAAAAGUUGCCCCAAGAUGCCACGCAUG